UACAUAACAGAUCCAAGAAACGACGAUAGGAGUUGUAGAGUAAUAGUUUUCAGGCUGGAGAUACUAUCCGGUAUCGAGUAUCUUUCACAUUCGCUGUAGAUGUACUCAAUGAAGAUAGGUGAAAGACUGUCUUCUUGGGAUUAAUUCACUAGUUUUUCCGAUUCAUGGUUUUUGUUAAACGACCAUUUCUUCGUUGUUUUUGUCGUUGGUAUUUUCUUCGGUCAAUUUCACUUUUCGCUUAUGCAACAUUGCAAUAACGUAAUAAUGCGCUGGUUGUGACUCUGAGUUAUCUACGAUUCAAUAUCUGUUGUUCUGCGUUCGUACGAUUGAUUUUUGAUUGUUUCUUUGACGAUAAUGUAAUUUGAUGGUAAUAAUGCGGAAAUAAUGUGAUCGUUGACGUAGAAUUUCUGAUAAUUAUAAAAGCAUUAUUCUAAUUUGUCGGACGGAAGUUUAAAAGGUGGUGUUUGGUGAUACAUAACAUAGUGAGUGGGUUGGAAUUCAUCAUUGUAUAAUGGUUUUGUACUGAGUGUAUUCAAAUAGUUUGAGAGACUAUUUCCAUAUUCAACAACGCUGAUGCCGUUUUCAUGCGAAAAAGGUCAUCAUCAUUGACAUGGUUUUAUAACUUAUGACGGUUUUGGAGCACCGUUGUCGCACUCCCAAAUAAAAUAUGAUUGUUUUUAUCGUUUUAUGAAUUGUUUACGGCGUUAUCGUCAUGCGAAAAUCUUGAAACUUGAAUGAUUAAUUUCUUGGAUUAAAUUGGAGUAACAAACUGCUUUGCAAAUUUGCGAAAUUGAAAACAAAAAUGUGCAAAAGUCGCGCCGAUUACAAAAUACAUGGCAAGAUAAAAUUCGUUAUUUCCGUUGUUGUUUUUAUUGUUUCGUGUGUUGAUGUUACCGUGGCGUGAGUGAUAUUUGAUUGCAUUUCACAGUACUUACCUGGGAAGAUACUGUACCGUGAGUGAGUAGUUGCGAGAAAAUCUAACUCGUUAGCUAAAUCGUAUCUAAAUUGGUUCGGGUUUAUGUGUGUGAAAAAUGAGAUUAACGCAGGUUUUUUGGUUGUGCGUUUCUUUGAUAAGUUUAACGCGUGCAUUCGCGUUGGCGCCAUCAACUGUGGGAGGAGUUGUGGCCAGUGCCGGUAAGCUGUCCAAUACAAUAAAGGAGUCGACAGCAUGGAAGAGGCUUACAGCACAUCCAAAUUCAUUAGUCCGAAUGCUGCCAGCACGUGCAAUGGAGGUUGUUCAAGAGGUCGUUGGUUCAUUCCGGAAAGAAGGACGAGUGAUAAUUGAAACACCACAAGGUCGAUUACGAGGUAAAGUCCAAAGAUAUAAAUCUGGAUCGACAGGCUCAUAUUAUAGCUUUAAGGGAAUACGUUAUGGCCAGGCUCCAGUAGGAACCCGUAGAUUUCGAGCAGCACACCCGGAGCGGCCGUGGAAAGGUAUUCGUGACGCCCUACGGGAAGGAAACAGUUGUCCUCACAGGAACAUGAUUCUGGAAGCAUAUAAAGGCAAUGAAGAUUGUUUAUUCCUGAAUGUCUUUACCAAAAAAUUACCUGAAGGAGGAUACAAUCCGAACUUACCAGUCAUGGUGUGGCUGCAUGGAGGAGGAUACGCAUUUGGCUCAGGAAAUAGUUUCCUUUAUGGACCAGAUUUUCUGAUAGCGGAAGAUGUUGUAUUGGUCACAAUCAACUACAGACUUGGACCUAUUGGAUUUUUGAGUGCGGGACCAGAUGCUCCAGGAAAUGCUGGUCUUAAGGAUCAAGUACUUGCGCUUAAAUGGGUACAAACCAAUAUCGACGCCUUCGGCGGAAACCCGAAUCAAGUGACCAUCUUUGGAGAAUCAGCAGGUGGAUCAUCCGUGCAAUAUUUAAUGCUUUCCCCCAUGGCACGAGGUCUGUUUCAUCGUGCAAUUUCCCAAAGCGGUUCAGCAAUGAAUCCAUGGGCUAGAGCGGACGAACCUAUGGUUAGAGCUUUUCGAUUAGGAAGAGCGUUAGGAUUCAAAACGAAUAAUACCAGAGAUUUGUUAACAUUCUUAAGACAAGUUCCAGCCAGAAAAUUGGUAGAAAAUGCCCUAAAGGUUCUGACACCAGAAGAUACCAGAAAAAGUGUUGGAUUUCCCUUUGUGCCGACUGUUGAAGGUGGCUGGCGAGAUGAUUCGAAUAAGACAUAUCCAUUUUUGGAGGAACCAUUUUUAACAGAGGAGCCUUCGGAAAUAUACAGAAGAGGCAACUUCACUCAAGUUCCCUAUAUUCUCGGAUACAACACUCAUGAAGCCAUGAUACUUAUAAGAAGAUUACGGCAAAACCCUAUGCUGCUCAAAGUCAUUGACAAUGAUUUUGUUCGCUUGGUACCUCAUGAUUUACAGGUUCCAGGAGGUGCAUAUUCUCCACACGCUGAGAAUCUUUCACAGAUUAUAAGAGAAUUUUACAUUGGAUCUCGAUCUGUAUCCAUGAAUACAGUGGAGGAAAUGAUCUUUUUAUUCACCGAUUUGAUGUUCCUUCGUGGCCUUAGCAAAACAGUGAGAAUGCACGCAUCGCGAAGUUCGGCACCAGUCUACGUAUACCGGUUCGCCUUUGACGGAUCCUUAGGCUUUUAUAAAAGACUUUUAGCAAUCUCAAGGCCAGGAGUAUGCCAUGGAGACGAACUAGGCUAUCUUUUCCAAUUUGGAUUCUUCAAUUUGAGUUUGGAUCCAACAUCUCCGGAAAUUCUGGUGAAAAAACGUCUAGUUAGGAUGUGGACAAACUUUGCUAAAUAUGGGAAUCCCACCCCGGCCGGGCAAGAGAGCGACUUCCUAUCAAUAACAUGGGAUCCUGUUUCAUUCAAAGGCACUAAACACAAUAAGACCCUUCAAUUUACCGAUCGAUACCCAAUCAACUACUUAGAUAUAACAUCACAUUUGGAAACUAAAGUCAAUCCAGAAUCGAAACGCUUAGCCUUUUGGGAUGAAUUAUACAGAUACUAUAACGGGCAGCUGAUCUAGAGACGAGAACAAACCUCCAAACCUAGAUUUAAGGAUGCAUGGUCGGAAUCACAGGCUCAAUUUUAGCGUUUGACGAGAUCAGUGGACAAUUUGCUUUAAUCAACGCUUUUUCGGCCCAAUAACAAUUAUAAGACUCUUGCAAUCUGAUAAGUGGAGUUGACUCAACUUAUGGAAGCUGUACAAACCGCGGAGGAAGGAGUAUUUGUUCGCCAUGCAUAAUUUCAGUCACAAAAAUUAUACCAGCUACAAAAUGUAGAUUUUAAGUGAGAAUGUAAGCAAAAUGUUGUACAGAGUACAACAUCUAAUUGGAGUUAUUAACAAAGCAAAGUACCAAAACGAUGCAUUUGAACUUCUUUAUAAUCAUUUAUCAUUCUCAAACUUAUUUCCGUCAUAACAAUACAAUAUUGUUAUUAUCCUCAUGUAAUUAAUUUCCUUAGAAUAGGACAUGAAAGAAAGACCAUGUCGAUAACUAAAGAGCUUAAUACGAGUACGUACGUAGCCAUGUAAGUGUUUUGUUAUUUAUAUGAAUGUCGUUUUUAAUCCUUUUUUACUUUUACAAUAAAAAAUAAAACCAAAUGAAUUUUUCUUGGA